AUGUCCAAUGGCGGUGCCCACAAGGUCCAGAGCUCCAAAAAGGCACAUCCCACUUUUCAUUUCCUUGCCGGCUUGACCUCUGGCGUGUCGAGCGCCGUCCUGCUGCAGCCAGCGGACCUGCUAAAGACUAGAGUCCAGCAAUCCCACUCCUCGUCGCUCCUCACGGUACUUCGGUCGAUCCUCUCUGGUCCGCAUCCCGUGGCCAGCCUCUGGCGGGGGACUGUGCCUUCGGCGCUGCGGACGGGCUUCGGAUCAGCCUUGUAUUUCACCUCGCUCAGUUCUCUACGCCAGAUCCUCGCCAACAACACGGCGCGGGCAAAUGGAGGAGAUGGAGCGCCUAUCCCUAGAAAGAGCAGCUCGGUGCUGCCAAAGCUCUCAAACAUACAAAAUCUCAUAACGGGCGCGACCGCGAGAGUGUUUGCGGGACUCAUCAUGAUGCCGGUGACGGUGAUCAAAGUGCGCUUCGAAUCAGACAUGUAUUCAUACAAGUCCCUUGCCUCUGCCACGAGAUCGAUCUUUGCUCAGGAAGGCAUCAAGGGUUUCUUCUCCGGCUUCGGCGCUACAGCCAUCCGGGACGCGCCGUAUGCGGGUCUCUACGUGCUCUUCUAUGAAGCAAGCAAGACGCAUCUGAGCAAGGUUUUCUCGCUACAUACCAUGACCACGAGCCAAGGACAAACGCGCCCUUCGACGUCAGCUUCGGCGUCGAUCAACGCUUCAAGCGGCGUGAUUGCAGCCGGCCUGGCAACGAGCAUUACCAAUCCGUUUGACGCUGUAAAGACCAGGUUGCAAUUGAUGCCGCAAAAGUACGGGAAUACGUGGAAAGCGGCGCGGUUGAUGCUCAAGGAGGAUGGGAUCAAGAGUUUCUUCGACGGACUCGCUCUGAGGAUGGGGAGGAAGGCCAUGAGCUCCGCGCUUGCUUGGACGGUCUAUGAGGAGCUUAUUGGGCGGGCAGAGCGCUUUGUCUCGCGGCACGAUGAGGAGAGAGCGGUGGUAUGA